AUGACCCUGUCUGGCGAGGAAGACGGCUUGGUGGCGGAGGCCACCCAAAGUUUGCUGGAUUUCGCUCAGACCAAGGGACACAGGAUUCAAACGGUGACGCACAUGACUAAGAAUCAACUCGCCGACUUUCUUCGCGAUUUUUACAUGAAAGUGAAAGUGAAGAACGACGAUUCGCUGACUUUGAAGGAUUUACGGGCAGGUUUGCAUAAGUUCUUUCUUGAUGAAUGUAAUAUUGACAUUUUACGGGAUCGUAGCUUCGAGCCAGCGAACGCAACGUUUGAUCUGGCCUUGCGAGCUAAUCCACGUAAGUGUCACAGAAUGAGGAUAGAGAUGGACGAUUUGAAAAAGAUCUAUCUCAGCGAAGCUGUGGAUACCAACAAACCCGAUUCCCUGCAGAACAAGGUGUUUUUCGAUAUCAGUUUGUAUAUUUGUAACAAGGGAAAGGAGCAUUUUCGCGGCAUGAAGAAAAAUGAUUUCGAUGUUUCCACCGACAUCCAUGGCCGUCGUUAUGUGUGGCUGAAGGAUAACACGGUGCCCCGGGAAGACGAACUACCCCUCAAACUUAAACUGAAAAGAAGCUUAGACGAGGAACCCCCUGCGUACCAAGUUGGAGACAGGAUGUACGAAAGACCAGGAGAUCCACGCUGUCCUCUGUCGUCAUUCCUGAAGUACGUGACACACCUGCACCCAAUGACUGAUGCCUUCUGGCAAAGGCCCAAGCGUAGUGUCUCCCAGUCGGACUAUGUCUGGUACGAUCAUGCUCCACUAGGAAGUAGCACACUGACCAAGAUCAUGCAGAGAAUCUCACUACAAGCUGGAUUGAGCGACAACUACACAAAUUAUUCCAUUCGCUCUGCUUGCAUCCCAUUGGUGGAGGCUGUAUGUGAGGAGGCGCUGCAGGCGGAGAAUGGAGGAGCACCACCCACUAAUUUGAUUUCAUCUGUGGAUAUCAUUAAGCCAGCUGAUGCCCUUAUGUCACACUCAGCCUCUGAGGACUUGUCCAGCGAUGACAGCAUGUCUCAGACACCGGAAGUACACGUCAACAACAAGAACCACGACAACAGAAAACAAGCCAUGGGUAAGGACAAGCCACUCGGCAUUUCCAAGUCCAUGGAGUCUAGCAGCUUUGAAGCUGAUGAUGCCGACCUUUUGGGCCUCAUGCAGGCGAAAACUCAAGUGUUGGAUCUGAUUCGUAGUCUCAUGGUCAAGGACAUCCAGAAGUUUGUUGAUUGGUUGAAAACUGUACGAGUUCAGUACAGUAAUGGGGAGCUGAUAGUUCUGUGCAGUCCAGUGGAGAAGAGCAGCGUUGAGCCAAUCCUGGAUGAUCCGAACUCAGAUAGGAACGGCCUGGUACCUCAGGUCAACGAUGACGGCCACCCUUUCAAGAAGUCUGGCAGUCUGGACUUGUCCGAGAGGCGAUCGUGUCUGAAGAAAGAGUCAUCCCUGAAAGAUGAAGGUUUUGGAGACAAGUUUGAGUUGCAGGAUCUAUCAGGAACUACGGUGAAGCAUGUGGAAUUUAGUUGUCUGUCUGGAGUCUACUGCUCUGCCGAAGAGCUUGGGCCGGUGAAGAUCAGCAUCCCUUCCCAUGAUACAGUCCUGGUGACCGGGAUUACGGAGAACCUGCAAGUGAUGCUACAUAAGAAGCGAGGCCCAGUCUUCACCCAGCAGCCAUUGCCAGACAGGAUCUUCUGUUCAGAGCAUGAGAUGGAUGUGGCAGAAAUGGUAGCUAUCCUGGAGACUGGCAACCACAGAACCAGGCACCGGAGCAUCAACAGCAACAUCAGCAGCAGUAGCAGCAGCAUCAGCAGCAGUUGUUUGAACAACUACCACAUGACAGAGUCCCAGACCAAACACCAGUUAACAGUCCUGCAGAACCAUGCUAGUCCCAUUAUGGUAAGCAUCCCAGCAGCCCAUUCUCCCACUGUUUCAUCCCUCAGUGCCAGAGAGCACUUCAAGGACAACCGGAACAAGUCAGUCGGAUGUCUGGACCAGCCCCCACUUAUGUCGCAGGGAGCAACUCUGAAACGGGUAUCCAGUACUGGAACUCCGGUACUCAAAAGGCAGGCAAAUGUGAAUGACAGUAGCAUGUAUCCAGAAAACCUGACAGUCAAGCGUGUCUGCGAAGAGAUCCAGGCCACUAACCUGUCCAUGAAACCCUUAAAAAAAGUAGAAACAGCAGAGGCUAAAAAAGCCCGGGCUGAUCGGCUGUCAGAUUCCUUGCGAUACCAUCAGGAAAUCCUCCAGAAUUCUCCUCUGAUCAAACGGCCAGGUGAGAGAAACUUCUCAGGUUUCCGCCACUGUUAUGCCAACACGGUGACCAGUGCAGUCAAAGCAGAACCUCUGGACACAUCCUACAGUUGA